CGUUAGGGUUUUGAGAAACUCAAUCGAAUACAGCUCUCUGUUUCCAGCCGGCUUGUUUGAUUUCUUUGUUUCUUUGUAUUGAAUUCAUGGUGGAAUUGAUGAAUUCGGGCGAUCUCCGCCAAACGACGCCGUGUAAGGAUAAGGUGCAGGUGAAAUCGGAGAUCGAAGAAGACACCUUAGAGGAGGAGCACGGUCCCCUCAACAAGCGCUCCAAACCCUCCCCUUCUUUUCCAGAGAGGUCAGGUGAAAACGGGCUUGCUUUCCCAACUUCCCAAUACAAUCCCCUUGAUGAGCCGAGCCCUUUGGGUCUGAGGCUCAGGAAGAGUCCAUCGUUAUUAGAACUUAUUCAAAUGAAGCUUGCACAGGGUGGUCCUUCUACAGCAGCUGUACAAAGAGAAAACCUUAACUCUGCAGUUAAGAAGGAGAUCAAAGGAAAUGCUGCGGUGGGGUCUACUGAUAAGCUCAAAGCGUCAAAUUUUCCAGCUUCAAUGUUAAGGAUCGGUAGCUGGGAGUACAAAUCGAGGUAUGAGGGUGAUCUAGUGGCAAAGUGUUAUUUUGCUAAGCAUAAACUUGUCUGGGAGGUCCUUGAAGGAGGGCUCAAGAGCAAAAUAGAAAUUCAGUGGUCAGAUAUCAUGGCUUUAAAAGCAAACUGUCCUGACGAUGGACCUGGUACUUUGAAUGUUGUGUUGGCUAGACAACCUCUGUUCUUCAGGGAGACCAACCCUCAGCCUAGAAAGCAUACUUUAUGGCAAGCAACAUCAGACUUUACUGAUGGGCAAGCAAGCCUAAACAGGCAGCAUUUUCUGGAAUGUCCACAGGAACUGUUAAACAAGCAUUUUGAAAAGCUUAUCCAGUGUGACUCGCGUCUUUGCUUCUUAAGCCAACAGCCAGAGACCGUUUUGGAUUCACCUUAUUUUGAAUUGCGGCCUUCUGUAUUUGAAGACCAAGGUGAAGACAAGGGCCAUGGUUUUGAUCAACUGGCAAGUAGUAAAGGAUCCCCCAUUUUUGGUUUCCAAGACUUGGCAUCACCAUCUGCAAGUCGGUCAUCAUCUUUGAAGACUGACCAGCAGGAUUCAGUUGGUAUGACAUUAGAGCAUCGCUCCAGAGAAGCUCCUUCCCCUAGCUCAGUUAUGGAUGCUCGUGGCAUUGAAGGAAAUGGAAAUUCUGAAGUUGUUGAUUCUAGGGGGCCAAGAAAUUGGGAACAGAUAAAAUUGCCUGGAAUCCAUCCUUCAAUGUCGAUGAGUGAUUUUAUGAGCCACAUUGAGAACUGUAUUUCAGAACAAAUGACUGCUGGAAAGCCACCUUCUGCCGAUCAACAGUCGGAAUACCAGGAUAUUCUCGAGGAUAUUGCGCAGUAUCUGUUGAGUGACUCUCAAUUAACUGCAGCAGAUGAGAGUCAUGAGACAUCUCUCAUGUCCAGGGUCAAUUCUCUUUGUUGUCUUCUUCAAAAAGACCCCACCACUCUUCAGAAUUCGCAGGUUGAAGUUGAAGGCACAGAGGGUGGUAAGGAUAUUCAGCUUAAGCACACUGCUGCUGGUACAUCUGGAACUGAUAAGCAGGCUCUUGAAGAGGAUGUGAAGGAUUUUUCUGGGGGAAAGAAGGCACCGGGCAUGUCCAGAAAAGACUCCUUCGGGGAAUUACUAUUUCAUCUCCCUCGGAUCGCUUCUCUUCCCUCACUUCCAAAAAUCCUGUUCAACAUUUCUGAAGAUUGUGAGUCAGGGUAGAUAGUCAUUUUUUUCUCCAAAUACCAUAAUGCAAGAUGAAUAGAGGCUCCUCUUCUGCACCUUCCAAAUAUCUCAGUGUACACAGUAAAUAAUGCUGGCUAUUUCAUACUAUUGUGUCUGUCACCAAAAUUUGCAUUACUGUAUGUUGGAAAAGCAGGAUUCUGAAAUAUGUGUUGAUGAAGAAUCCUGCAAGAUUUCCCUCUGUAAGAAUGCAGUCUACUUCAUGGCUAAUGUUUGGUUUCUUCACGCCAGUAUGACCAGCUUAGAGAAGCACCUGUUUGUAAAUUCUGUAAACUAUUUCCAUAUGAAUGUAAGUUUUUAGUUAUU